GGGCCGCAGAAGACAUGGCGGCGUCUGCGUCGGCAGCUGCAGGGGAGGAGGACUGGGUCCUUCCCUCUGAAGUUGAAGUGUUAGAGUCUAUCUAUCUGGAUGAACUACAGGUGGUCAAAGGAAAUGGCAGAUCAUCAUCAUGGGAGAUCUGCAUCACCCUGCACCCCGCCACUGCAGAAGACCAGGAUUCACAGUAUGUCUGCUUCACUCUGGUGCUUCGGGUCCCAGCACAGUAUCCCCACGCGGUGCCACAGAUCUCUAUCCGUAACCCCCGAGGACUCUCAGAUGAACAGAUCCACAAGAUCUCACAGGCGCUGAGCCACAUGGCUGAGGCUGGGCUGGGUACUGCCAUGCUCUAUGAACUCAUCGAGAAAGGGAAGGAAAUUCUCACAGAUAACAACAUCCCCCAUGGCCAGUGCGUCAUCUGCCUCUAUGGUUUCCAGGAGAAGGAGGCCUUUACCAAAACCACCUGUUACCACUACUUCCACUGCCACUGCCUGGCUCGGUACAUCCAGCACAUGGAGCAGGAGCUGCAGGCCCAGGGGCGGGAGCAGGAACGGGAAUGGCAGCACGCCGCAACCAAACAGAAGGCCGUUGGUGUGCAGUGCCCGGUGUGCAGAGAGCCACUCGUGUACGAUCUCGCCUCGCUGAAAGCAGCCCCUGAACCCCAGCAGCCCGUGGAGCUGUACCAGCCCGAUGCAGAGAGCUUGCGCCAGCAAGAAGAGCGCAAGAGGCUCUACCAGAGACAGCAGGAGAGGGGGGGCAUCAUUGACCUUGAGGCUGAGCGUAACCGGUACUUCAUCAGCCUCCAGCAGCCUCCUGCCCCUUUGGAACCCGAGUCAGCUGUAGAUGCCUCUGGAGGAUCCCACCCACCCAGUACCCUUGCCACAGAACAGUCCACCUCAUCAACUGCUCAGACCACCCUGUCAGCUCCUCUGCCUGUGGCCUCCCAGUACACAUGUGAGAAGAUUCCAGGGGCUGGGCCAAAUCAGCAAAAGCUGGGCGAGACCCAGAAAGCUAUGCUAGAUCCUCCCCGGGCCAGUCGAGGUCCCUGGAGACAAGCCGAACGGAGGCAUCUAAAAGGAGGGGAGUGCAAUGCCCUCAAAGGUACCAGUCACACCCAGGAACUGCCACCUCCUGAGGGGCCCCUCAAGGAGCCUAUGGACCUAAAGCCAGAGUCCCGUAACCAAGGGGUUGAAGGUCCUCCCCAAGAAAAGGGGCAUGGCAACUGGCAGGGUCCCCCGCCCCGCAGGACUCGCGACUGUGCCCGCUGGGAGCGCUCCAAGGGUCGGACACCGGCUUCUUCCUACCGCCACCUGCCUCGGGGUCGGGGAGCCUACCGGCCUGGUCCUCGAAGGGAGCCCGUGAGCCUCGAACCGGAGGAUGGUUCCUAGCAGUACUGUGGGGGGU